CAAAUGAAAUGAUAACAAAGACGAAGCUGCUGUGUACAAAAUUCCAGUAAACCGAGGACCCCUAUUUGUGUAAAGUGGCCAAAGAAGGGGAAGGCGUUACUAGUUCCACACAGACUUGUGUGCCUGCCAAUGCGGUGAGAUAAGGGCUUGCUGCUCCGUGCAGAACUUCCCAGGAGUAAGGUCUAGUGAGUGAGCAGAGGGCUGAGGAGUAAACAGGGGCUGCAGAAGCAGAAAGACAUGGAGCCUCGAUUCGCCUUCCUGGUGGUGUUGUGCUGCCUGUGCACAGGGCUUUGUAUGAGCCACACGGAGGGUACAAAUGAUAGAAAUAUGUCCAUACUGAAGACUUUUUACAGUAGAAAAGCUAUUAUUGAGAGUGACUAUGAACCUAUACCAAUUGAUGACCUGGACAAUGAUAAUGAAGAAGGGUCGGCAGUGGAUCCCAUAUACACGCGGAAAUCAAAGAAUCCAAUCCAGAACAUUGGAAACAUUACAAAGGAGGCGGAGCUUUACCUUACCAGUCAAUGGUUGACCAAAUUUGUUCCAGCACUGUACACUCUCGUGUUCUUGGUCUCGAUGCCUCUGAAUAUAAUGGCAAUUCUCAUUUUUCUGUACAAGAUGAAAGUGAGAAAGCCAGCAGUGGUUUAUAUGUUGAAUCUGGCGGUUGCCGAUGUUCUAUUUACUUGUGUGCUACCAUUCAAAAUCAUCUAUAAUUUCUCUUCUAACAACUGGUACUUUGGAUCGGGCAUGUGCAAGUUUGUCACUGCUGCUUUUUACUGUAACAUGUACAGCUCUAUCCUACUCAUGAUGUGCAUCAGUGUUGACAGAUUCCUAGCAGUGGUUUUCCCAAUGCAUUCCCUUUCCUGGCGCACUGUGCGUCGCGCCUCUGUGGCCUGCUUUCUUAUCUGGAUUAUAGCCUUAGCCAGCACGUUGCCACUUGUUAUUAUUGAGCAAACCAAACAAAUUGAUCAUUUGGGGAUCACAACCUGCCAUGAUGUUCUGGACCUUGACGAUCUCCAACAUUUUUACUCGUACUAUUUUACUUUUUUCUGCGCGCUGUUCUUUUUCGUGCCAUUACUAAUCACAACUUCCUGCUAUAUUGGGAUUAUCAGAACCCUCAGCUCAUCAAGUAUCGAAAACACAUGCAAGAAGACCAGAGCUUUGUUUCUGGCAGUCGUUGUUUUAUGUGUGUUUUUAGUUUGCUUUGGACCUACCAAUAUCAUCCUUUUGAUUCAUUAUUUGCAUUACACUUCUGGGGCCAACGAGUCUCUGUAUUUUGCUUAUAUUCUAUGUGUCUGUGUGAGCAGCAUCAGCUGUUGCCUUGAUCCUUUGGUUUAUUACUAUGCAUCGUCGCAGUGUCAGAAAUAUGUGUACAGUUUGCUCUGCUGUAAGAAAAUUGAGGAACCUGCUAGCACAAGCAGUGGUCGGCUUAUGAGUAUCGCAAGUAAAAAUGAAACUGCAGUCACUAAUGCAAACAAUAGUAUCUACAAAAAGCUUCUUACAUAAAUAUGUAAUGAAUAGAAUUUAAAUAUCAAAAUGUUAUCAUAAAUGUGAGCAUUUAAUAGCACAUUACAUUAUA